UUUCUAUCCACCUUACAGUCCAUUCAUCCAAGCCAUACUUCCUUAGCUUGCCUGCAAGAAUGUUGUGGGAGACCAUAUCAAAAGUUUUCCUAAAGUCAAGCCGUGCUCUAUCCAUACCUCAUCAUUACUGGUUCAAAUGAUUCUGCAGCUGCCAUUUUGGUGGCAACUUCUGGCUAGUUCCUCCUUACGUUACCUUUCUCAAUGUUGAUGGAGCAGGAGGAUGACACAUUUGUCCUGGUGCUCCCAGAGGGGGUCUCCCCUCAUAGUUUGGGAGUGCUGGGAGAAUGGGGUUGCAGACACUUCUUGCACAAUUUAUGCUGCUACCAACAAAACCAAGGAAAAGACUCCCAUUGAUUCAAGUGGAUUUUGGAUCAUGCCCAUAGUUACCUUUGAGGGACAGAAUUUUCUUAUUUCCUGCAUCUUUGUGCAGUGCAGAUACCAUUUCCAUCCUUUCAAUUCAAAGAGUUCUCCAGAAAGAAAUCUAGGAUAAAAUCUCUACAAGAUUAAAAUACCUACACAGAGCCUAUAAAAAGAGUCACAUAACUUCAAAGCAUGAUUUUUAUACCCAAUGGGGGCAUCUACAUGCGUACUUUACUGAGGAGUUGAUUAAUUAGGUCCACAGUAAAGUGUCACCAUCUACACAUAUAGCACUAUUAGGCUGGAGUAAACUAAUUAACGCUAUCAUAGGAUAGUACUGCCUGACACAAAUACGAUCCUACAGUGGAGUUAUUUACUCCACCACAAUGGACAUGUAGACAGUGUUGGGUCUGACUGGAGCACGAGGGUGCUACAGUGCAGGGCUGCCUGCCAACUAGCCCUGUAGCACCUUCAUGCCCCAGCCAGCCCCUCCACAGCAUGUUGAGCCAGGGCUGGUCUACCCCAGCUCAACAUGCUGUAGUCCUGGGCGCAUAUGUCAACGGUGGACCCUGAAGCAAUAAACAUGGUUACAUUAUUUACAUGUAGACAGUCCUCCAGCAACAACCCCACAAUGCCCCUGCCUGCUCUGGUCACAGUUUUGAACUUUGCUGUUCAGAGGUGAUGGUGAUCAGAAGCCUGCUAUCAACCCACAUAUCCUUUCAAAUGUCCACCAUGUUUUGAGAAAGCCUCUUCCUAAGGUAGCCUACCACUGCUACCUUAGUACACAACUAUGGCAUCAGGUAAAGCUCCAGCUAAGAAAAGCUGAGGCAAACCUUGUACUGUAGCCUGAGCAAGAUACAGCAGUGAGUAAACAGCUGUGGAACUGAGGUGUUCAUCUGGACACUGCAAAAGCUGGGGUAUGUUUAGGGUGACCAUAUGGGAUAAUGUGAAAUCUGGGAUACUACCCCCUCCCUCCCCCCAGUCAGUGGCACUGCUGCAGGUAGAGGUGGGGCACGGCAGCCGGAUUCAGCUCUGGUAUUACUAUUUAGGCACCUAAGGGAGUCAAUGGCCCCUUAAUGACCCAUUGUUCUUUACUUCACUGGUAUUAACAAUCACCCCCCGCCCCCCUUUUAAAGGUGAUUCUACUAUUUUAGGGCAAUUUUGCUGUUUGUUAGGGCUUCCUAUUUCACAGCUUGUGCCACACUGCCUCCCUGCCAGAAAAUGCCCUACACUGAUGACACUCGUUUUAACUUUCAACAGCUGGCUGGGACUGGCCUCCAAAAUCCUGACUGUCCCAGCCAAACCAGGGCAUAUGGUCACCCUAGGUAUGAUGCUUGAGCAGCAAAGCAGCUGUGUCAAUCCUAGCAAACAGCAAAGGAAAACCACAGAAAAUCUAGGGCUUCCUCCAACACCUGCUAUUCAGAGUUGUAUGCUCUACUAAUCAGGGACCCCAUGGCCACCUGACAAUAGAAAGUGAGAAAUUUGCACUUACCAGAGAAGAGAAAGGCACUCCAGAGGUGCACAUUGGCUACAAGCUCUUUGAGGCCAGUCAGAGGACCGAUCCCAACUCUAUUUGUGAAGCAAACUUUACAGAGCUUCUUGAGACCCAGCUGAGCUCACAGACAGAACCCACUGGGGAAAAACAAGGUUGCUCGGGUGGCUGUACUACCAUACAGUUUUUUUAAACUUUGUUUAUAGUUCUCAGACUCCUUCUUCCUGCUUUUCAAAAUGGCAAGUUGAUGUGUGCUCACAGGGAACAAAUUGUCGGUAGAAGUAGCCAGUUAUUUUAGCACCAUGCCUUGGCACUCAUAGACAAAAAAAAAUACAAGAGAAAAUACCAUAAACAGCUCAAGAACACUCCCAAAUGUUUUGGCAAGGCCAGUAGGAAGCAUUUCUAGCAGAAAAAAGGAAUGCUUCACAAAUAGAAAAAUAAAUACACCAAGACCUGGGCAUCCACAGAAAACUUAAAAUAACCCUUGCAAAUCAUCUAAAAUCUGGUCAUUCCGACUGAAUAAACAUGUAAAAUCAGCCUAAAAUGUAACCGUCAGAAAUGCAGUGUGAGGCUUUUCCAGUCCAAAGUUCAAGUCCAAAACGAAUUAAUUGCAUGUUAUGGUUGGAUUCAGGAAGAGAAUGAAAGAGGCAGCUUCUUGCUGGCUGAUAGGGUUUAGCUUUGAGUUAAUCUGCAGAAUUAGACAUCAGCCACCACCCUGGUUUUCUUGCAGAGUGUUAUGAUGCUCUUGGUUCAGAUAUUCCUUUUGUGCCCUGGCCAUAAUCUUAGUACCAUUUUCAAGUAUGUAUUCUUUAAGCUCUGCCCAUGCAUUUCCAAGAAGGGUUGCUUUGUUUUUCCUCUGCAAUGGGCUCCUGGGGCACUAUUACUGGGAAGAAGCCAGCAACAUAUGAGCUCAGGCAACUCAAGCAGUUACCUUCUCUGGGCCCAUUGGCAUGCUAAUGAGCACAUAUCAGCCAGACUCAUCAUUGCCUUUAAUAUGUUUAGCAAUAUUUACUGUACUGCACUUCAUUACCUGGGAUGUCUGACCAUCUAACCAUUUUCCAUUACCUUUCAGCUACAGCCAACACACUUGAGAGCUGCUGAAUUGUCCUGAAGAAAACAGCUGUGAAGCCAGUUUGACCUGCUUCAUGAUGUUACUAUACCUAUUUAAAAAAAAGUUUAGGGAGUUUUCUCACUUCUCUUUCCCUCUCUGCUAACCCUUUAAACCUACCAGUCUUGUUCUUACGUGGCCUGGCACUGGUUCCACAAUUGCCUGAAAGAGAAUCCUGACUAGGGGGAACUAAGCUCUUGAUCUUAAGAGCUGUGAAUCAACAUGGGAGUGUUGGGAACACGGCCAGAGAAGAAGCAGAAAGACAAAAAGGUGGGCACCAAGGCAUUAUGAAGCUUUUGAGAGAACAGAACUAGGUGCUACAAAGCAUUAUAGAGUCACCAUAGCACUUCUACAAGAACUCUUUCUGGGGCUUGAAGAUAUAUACACACUGCCCACCAGAGUGCCAGAAUGACAUGCUAUUAUCCCUUCUAUUCAACUCCAGUGGAAAAUAAGCAACAGUUACAAAUACAGAUGCUGAAAGGAACAGAUGGGCAUGAAAAACUGACUGAAAGAGCACCUCUAGUAGCAAAAUAGAAUGAAGACCACAUGUCGUAUGAACUUGACCCACAACAAAAUGUUAUAACAAGGAGUCCCCGCAGUGUGUGAUGUGGAGGAAGUUAGUCAGAGGAAAGCUGGAGGUGAAGAAAAGGGGAAAUUUAUUUGCAGAAAAGGAAAGGGGCAGGGCAAGAUGGGAAGUACAGAGACUCUGAGCAGCUUAUAUAGAGAAGAAUGCCUCACCAUUGUCACUGCUUCAUAGCCUGACUGGGAUUAUCCAUCAUCCAUUACAAUAUGUGGUCAAAGACCAUCACUGGAAACUUUGCUGGCAUGAUCCAUGGCUUGAAUGCAAGCCAGCUGACAGACCAAGUCCUUCGGAGAAGCAAACGGAUGAUCCUGGACACCCUUGGAGUGGGACUACUGGGUAGCAGCACAGAGGUCUGCCACAAAGUAAUACACUACAGCAAGAUCUACAGCACCAACACAUCCAGCACUGUUUGGGGUCACUCAGAUGUCAGACUCCCUCCUCUGUAUGCGGCUUUUGCCAACGGAGUAGCUGUACACUCAAUGGAUUUUGAUGAUACAUGGCACCCAGCCACACACCCCUCUGGGACUGUGCUUCCUUCUCUAGUUGCUCUGUCAGAUACCUUGUCUGAAAAGAAAAAAAUAUCUGGCCUUGACCUGCUCUUAGCCUUCAAUGUAGGGAUUGAAGUGCAAGGCAGACUUUUACGAUUUUCCAGUGAAGCCCACAACAUUCCCAAAAGGUUUCAUCCACCAUCUGUGGUUGGUACCAUGGGGAGUGCAGCAGCUGUUGCCAAACUGCUAGCAUUUGACCAGUUUAAGUGUAAAGAAGCUUUGGCCAUUGCUGCUUCUUAUGCAGGAGCCCCAAUGGCUAAUGCAGCAACACAAACCAAGCCUCUGCACAUUGGUAAUGCAGCUAGGCAUGGUCUGGAAGCAGCUUGCUUAGCAUCACUGGGUCUUCAAGGAAACAACCAGAUACUGGACAUGGAGUCAGGGUUGGGUGCUUUUUAUGGAGACUACACCCCACAGGUUCUGCCACCUUUACAGUCUUAUUCCUGGCUGCUGGACCAACAAGAUGUAGCCAUCAAGCGCUUCCCUGCUCAUCUUGGAACACACUGGGUGGCAGACGCAGCCUCUUCAGUGAGGAAGCACCUUGUGGGGAGUGACGAUCCACUCCCUGUUAGCAAAAUUAAGAAAAUCACGCUCAAAGUCCCAGAGGCUCAGUACGUAAACAGAUCAUUCCCUAACUCAGAGCACGAAGCCCGGCAUUCUUUCCAGUUUGCUGCAUGCACUGCUCUGCUGGAUGGCAGCAUCUCAGUCCAAUCAUUCAACCGUCAGAACAUUUUUAGGCCAGAGUUAAAGGAGCUGCUCUGCAAAACACAGAUGGAGCACCCUUCUGAUAACAAGCCCAGCUUCGAGAGCCUUUACUGUGAAGUAAGCAUUACCCUUCAGGACGGCGACAUGUUUAGUGAGCGUUGUGAUACUUUUUAUGGACACUGGAGGAAACCCCUGAGUAAAGAGGAUUUGGAGAAAAAAUUUCGCUCCAAUGCUUCCAGUGUUCUCUCACUGGAGGCUACAGAAGGCAUUAUAGAGACUGUGAAUCAUUUAGAAGAAGUAGAAGACUGCAUGGUGUUAAGUGAGUUUCUCAAAGGGACACAGUCAACACAAGAACUUCCCCAAACAAUCUCCUUAUCUUGAAAAAUGACAAACAUUUAUUGGGUUUCUGUAGUUACUGGUGUGUACUCUAAGCAUACAGAGUCAGGAAAAGGAAACUCCUCUUGAUGUUGGUAACAAAUUUGCACACCUGUAACACGAGCAACAUUUUAAAUCCAGUGUUGUAGCACUGGUUCUGUACCUGGCUUAAAGAUUGCUUUCUGCUCUAGAGAUAGCUGGAAAAUAAUGUGCUGGUAACUUCCACUUUUAUUAUCUUUAGAUCAGUACUCAGAGGACAUCUAUAGCCUCCCUAAAACUACCAUUGCUACUAACAACCGCCCUGUUGACAAAUACUUUAUCAUGGUGCCAUAAUAAAGCCCCUUGUAAAAAUUCUUCUUCUGCUAGAAAAUCUGGAAAUGGAGAUUGUGGAGGGGUAAAGCAGCCAAUAUCCUCAGGAGAGGAGCUAUUAAUAGAAGGACAAAUAGAGAAUAAGAAUUCUGGGAGAGGUUUUAUAGCAGUACAUCUCUGGGCAUCCAUUAAUGUGAAAGUGUUGAGAUUUGUGUAGAAAGAAAAACCCAAUGCAAAGUUGCAGAGGUUGGUAUUCACCAAGAAACAUCCUUGCUUCCCCAUCAAGAUUAGCCUUAUAUAGGUGAGGAUGACAAUAGUGCUCUCAUUCUAAUCAUACUAAUUAUAAAUAAUAAAAAAUAGGUGCUUCAUCUAAGCAAAGUGCUGCAAUACCCUUCAUUAAUGUAUCUUUUACUCUUUAGUUUCCAUAUCUGGUUGCUCUAAUGCAGGGGUGGGCAAUUAUUUCAGCUGGAGGGCUGUUUAAUGAGUUUGGUUGAGCUGUCGAGGGCCGCAACAGUAGCCCUACCUCUUGACAGGAGCCGGGCCCCUGGUCACCAUCUUGGAAUCUGAAGUCCUGCCCCCUAACCUCUGACCUAUGCCACUAGAAAUCCCUCCCCUUCCCCCUGGAAGUCCUCCUUUUGCCAUCUUGGAACUGGAAAAAAA